AUGUCAGGACCUUCGAGAUCAAGAUCAACGACAACUUUUCGACGAAACCGCCACGAGUAAGUACAAUGCCCUGUUGAUUGACAUUACAGCCAUACAAGACUCAUGCUGACGUGCUCUUUUUCCAGUGCAAAUGUAGGUCUCCAAGCCAUUCUCCCAAAACCACUUCUUGUCCAGACUAUUCCGCGACAUCGAACAUUGAGCGAACGACGACUAACCUUCACUUCUAUAGCUUCGUCAAGACUCUCACAGGGAAGACGAUCACGUUAGGCAUGUACUUCUUUCCUGCAUGACGAUGAUUUCACGAGCUGACGAUUUCUCUAGAGGUUGAGUCUUCUGACACAAUCGACAAUGUCAAAUCCAAAAUCCAGGACAAGGAGGGAAUCCCACCGGACCAACAGCGUCUGAUCUUCGCCGGAAAGCAACUCGAAGACGGCCGAACCCUCAGCGACUACAACAUCCAAAAGGUAGGCAGGAUUCUGAAGGAUAGAAAUGACGGGGGAUUUGAAUUGGGCGAACUGCAUAUGAGCCUGGACUGGAAUUGGCGCGCAGGCUGACAAUGCGACAUCUAGGAAUCUACCCUCCAUCUCGUUCUCCGUCUCCGUGGUGGUAUCAUUGAGCCAUCGCUCAAGGCUCUUGCCUCCAAGUUCAACUGCGACAAGAUGAUCUGCCGAAAGUGCUACGUACGUACUUGAUUGGCAUAAACCACGAAUCGAUCGAGGGACAGUAUACUAAUUAGCAUCGUAGGCCCGUCUCCCACCUCGUGCCACCAACUGCAGAAAGAAGAAAUGUGGACACACCAACCAACUCCGACCAAAGAAGAAGCUAAAGUGAACGGUUCGCUCCAUUGGCGUUUGGCUGGGAUGGACAAAUGGAUUGGGGCGGUAUUUGAUGAAUUGGUUGCAUGUCUGGCU